AUGGCUGAAAAGAAGGAGAAGGAGAAGGAGAAGGAGAAGGAGAAGGAGAAGGAGAAGGAGAAGGAGAAGGAGAAGGAGAAGGAGAAGGAGAAGGAGAAGGAGAAGGAGAAGGAGAAGGAGAAGGAGAAGGAGAAGGAGAAGGAGAAGGAGAAGGAGAAGGAGAAGGAGGAGGAAGGACCUCUAUCGAAUUUAUAUAUACAGUGGCGAUAUUAG